CAACCAUCAUCAUCGAGAGCCUCAAAUACUCAAAUACUCAAGCUACCAAUCUUCCACUCAACGAUCACUUCGUCUCGGAACACUGCGAUCGCGCCUUCGUGCCUCAAACCUCAAAUCAAUCCAACCGACACCUACCCGUGACGUCAUUGGUCCAUCCUCACUUUCUCUACCACUCUCACUCGAAAACCCAUCUUUUGUCUUCUCGACCCUCAACUCCCACCACCAAUAGUCAAAAUGGUCAACCCUGCUUCCACCUGCUGCAAGACCUCCGGCGACGGUAGCUGCGUCUGCGCCGCUCAGGCCAAGUGCUCCUGCGGCAAGGAGAACGCCCUCCACUGCACCUGCAACAAGGCCUCGUCCGAGAACACCGUCUCUGGGCCUCGCUGUUCUUGCAGAGCCCGCCCUGCCGGCCAAUGCACCUGCGAGCGUGCUCCCAGCGAAAACACCCCCGUUUCGGGCGAUGCUUGCCCCUGCGGACAGAGAUCUUCCACUUCUUGCACCUGUGAAAAGGCCGCUGCUGUGGACGCUGCCGCUGAGAGCAACGAGAUUGACUUCACCACCCGCGCUUGAUCUUUUGACCUUUUGAUUGAGUCGAUCUUUCAAGUUUGCCUUUUUCUUUCUUCGGUGGGCCUUUUUUUAUCAUAGCAUGGCACGGUUUGGGGAUCUGGAGUUUUCAUUCUGGAGUUUGACCGGGGGCGUUUUUUUUUUCUAUAUCAUGAAGGGUGGUAGUGGCAGUAGUAGCAUGGGGUACUUUUCUCAAGGAUGAGAUUGUAUUACAAUGGUAUUAAUGGGCUAGAGUCCUGUGAAACAGUAC